AUGCACCGGCGUACGCAAUAUCUGAUUUCAACCAAGCUCGAAGCAAUCGGUCUCCUCGAGUCUAUGUCCUGUCGCGAGGUGGCGAGAGGACUGAAAGUCCCUCUGCUCACCGUUCGCAUCUGGCUGGCCCAGCGCUUCGAGCUACUGGCGUACUACGGCAACAAGAAAAACAAAAAGCUCGAGCCAGGUGGCCGCUACGAAGAAUUCCCUGACCCUCCAGGUUUAGUUGAAUUCAUAACUCAUGUUCGCGAUAAUGAAAGUGCUUUGACCACCACGCACAUGAUUGCGUGGUUUAAACUGAAUGCUGCCUAUAACUCACUGCUCAAGCUACUGCAGCGAUUUUGCAAGCGCCACGGAUUCUCGUGUCAACGUCCCGCGAAGAACAAGCUCAAGCAAACCGUGCUGGCGGAGGACUGCGUGUUCAACGUGGAUGAGACCGGCAUGUACUACGACUUACCUCCCAGCUACAUCUGGGCAGUUCGUGGCGGAAGCUCCAAGAUCUCCGCUGGUGAGAAACACUUGAUGCGUUUGACCGCUGUGCGGGCUGACAGAACGAAACUACCGCUGAUGUUCAUCAUGCGUGGCACACCUGGUGGUCGGAUCGAGUCCUCGGAGUUCCCCACUUUUCGAAGCGAACACUACUACGCUGUUCAAACCAAGGCCUGGAUGGAUGGACUUGUUUGGGCUCAGUACCUGCGGGAGGUGCUGGGGGGGAGCAUCGAAGAGCCAUCUGUUGUUCUCAUGGACAACUUCGAGUGCCACGUCUCUGCGGCAUCGUACAAGAUCAUGUACGAGGAAUUGGGUACGCACCUUCGUCCUCUGCCCCCCAACUCCACGUCCGUGUGCCAGCCGCUCGACGUGGGAGUCAUGGCGCCUUUCAAGCGCAACCUCCGCAACUUGUGGCUCCUGGAGGAGCAGAUCAUUGGCGACGACGAAGAUCCGUACUCACUCACCGCUCAGCAAAAACGCAUGGCCAUGGUGCAGCGUGCCAUCUCUGCGUGGGAUAUGGUCUCUGAAGACGUGCAUAAACGCUUCGCGAGGCCUGCGUGUCGUCGUAGACUUCUGCUCGUACUCGUAGCGUCGAUUAAACGACCUCUUGUUCCCGACGUCCGCUUCAACUUGGAUUCCUACAACGAUGCUGACCUCAAACUGAAGUUUCGCUUCGGCUCCGACGAGAUCCGCCUGCUCGUCAACCUUCUGGGUAUUCCAAGUGUGGUCAUUACUGAGAUGCGCGACCGUUGGAAACGCACCAUCUACUUUGCAAUUGACACCGUCGAGACACGGCUCCAGCUCUACGCCAAUGCCAUCGCUAACAAAGGUUCGCCUGUGGCGUGCCUCUUUGGUUUCAUCGACGGGAGCAAAUUCGAAACCUGCCGCAUCACUCAGACCAGUGCAUCUGCCUUUCCCGACAUGCAGCGCUACGUAUACAGUGUCCACAAACGGCGCCACUGCUUGAAUUUCCAAGCCAUAACUGCACCGGAUAACUUGUGCAUCCACUUCUGGGGCCCGCUCGAGGGUGCGCGACACGACACGACGUUGCUUCGUGAGAGUAAGCUGCUGGAUUACGUGACGGAGCGCUCCUACAUUUUCAACAACUACUUCAUUUACGGCGAUCCUGCUUAUGGUGUUCUGCGCUGGAUUUUUUCGGGGUACAAAGGCAAUACGAUUACCCAACAAGAAAGCGCGUUCAAAAGCACCAUGAGUACUGUGCGUCAGUCUAUGGAGUGGUGGUUUUCAAGGUUGAAAACACUGUGGUCGUUCGUGACAUUCAAGAUGUAG